AUACCUGUACGCCAUAUUGAAAGUUCUAAGUGGGAAGUCGGUCAAACGCUGACCCUAUUAGUUAUUUCUAUUUAUUGUGUGACGAUAUUAAUUUAAAAACUUAUUCUAAAAUUUUCUUACGUAUUUAGUGAACUAUUUGUUGUGAUCCAAAUUGAAACAAGUGCGUUUAUACAAUUUGCAAUUCGCCUAAUGAAUACGUCACAGCGCCAUGUUGUAUUCCUGCGCUGAUUGCAGGCACGAGAAAUCUGCCAACCCGUUUAUUUUCCGGGAUUAGUUCCCGAGAAUAAAUCGAACUGCGAUUUUGUACUCAAAUAUAUUUUAAUUUAUAUUUGUUGGCAAAUGUCAAACAACUUUAGUGGAAUAGAUGCAUCCCUGUCAUCGCAUUUUAAGUGCUAAUUCCUAAAUCUACUGCAUUUUUGUGCAUCCGCGAAAGUUGAAAGGACUGUGUUGUAAAAGAAAGAAGUGACAAUUAGCCAAAAUUCCGGUCCCUACGCGCAGACGAGAAGGUGCCUACCCGCCGGGGCAGUCAGGCGAAGGAGAAAUGAACAGUAACAAGCGUAAAAACCGCCAAGGGCCGCCGAGGUCACCACGAGGGCGCGUGGUGCCAGAGGGCGUGUACAAUAACGCGCACUUCAUGCACGCAGCGACGUCGCACGUCGGCGACAUCGUGCAGGUGCUCACCCAAUCAGGAAGCCUCUGGGAAGGCGUCUUCAAAACAUUUAGCGCUCAAUUUGAGGUUGUAUUAGAAGUGGCUCACCGCGUGGAUCAAGAGGGCGUGGUGGCGGUUGACUCAGUAGUUGAGAAGCUCAUUUUCAAACCCCAGGAUGUGGUGUCCAUUAGGGCCAAGGAUUCCGACCUUGAAUACGCCACGCAUGACGUUUUCCAGACAGAUAGUGCUAUAUCUAGCAAGUUUAAUGGUGUCGCCGCAGGUAACGGCAGAACUGGUGAAGAACGAUACUUGGAGCCUUGGGACGGCUGCGAUACAGAAGUAGGCGAGGCUCCACAGCUGAACGGAGACGCUCUCCUCGAGGACCUGGAGCUGGACCACCGCGCCAACGGCUGGGACGCCAACGACAUGUUCCGGAAGAACGAGGAGGUCUACGGAGUGCACAGCACGUAUGAUCACUCUCUAGCUGGGUACACACUACCGCUGCAGCGGAAGGAUACUCAGGAUUAUAGGGACGCGGAAGCGAAGGCAGAAGAAAUAGCGGCGGAGAUUGAGAACGCCGCGUCAUCGAAGGCUCGCAUCGAGCUGGAGAACGGAGACGAGGAGGAGAGGUUCGCGGCCGUCGUGCGGCCACAGGACGGGGCCUCCAGCGCCGGCAAAUACGUCAUUCCUAACAGGAGGAAGAAUAUGCAGACUGGCAAGCUAGUAAAACCCACAACUACAAACAACGGUGGCUCGCCGCCGAUGGGCGCGGUACGGGCGGGCCCGGGCGCCGGGCCGGGGGCCGCGCCGCCGCCGCCCGGCCCCGCCGCCGCCAAGGACAAGGACACGCGCGCACCCAGGCCACAUCUCACCCCGCCCGCCGACCGCCGGCAGGACGAUACGCCUCUGAGCGUCCCCAACAGUGCAGGCGGCAAGAGUUACGCGGCGCAGGCGGCGCAGGGACCUUACCAUGUACCGCCAUUCCCACACGCACCGCACCAGCCUCCAAAUAACGCAAACAAAGUGAACGGCGAGCCGCGACCGCCGCACCCGAGACAGGGAUUCCCACCACACCACCACCACAACCCAGUGGGUGGCGGCGAGGCCCACGGGCGCCCUCCGCGGCACGAGCCCCGGCAUGAGCCCCGGCACGAGCCCCGGCACGAGGCGCGGCGGCCCGAGGAGGGCGUGCAGGAGCUGCGCAAGUUCUCGCAGGACUUCAAGCUGAUGCCCACGCCGCAGCCCCUGCCGCCGCUACCGCAGCACCCACAGCCACAACCACCCAUCAAUGCUCAACCACCCAGCCAGCCCCCGCCGGCGCCGAGUCCCCCCGAGGUGUCGGCCAACGCCUGCGCGGCGCCCGACCACAAGCGGGAGCGACCGCCCAAGCAACACACGCCGCCGGAACUACACAAGCAGAGUACUCCAGCGCCAAAGGGCGAGUCGCCUUCGGUACAGGAGGAGCGCUCGGCUCCGUCUGCUUCGCCACCAUCUUCGGCAUCCCCGGGGAUGGAUCGCGUGGUCGCCAUCAAGAAGUCUACCCUCAACCCGAACGCGAAGGAGUUCAACCCGGCUGCGAAACCAUUCACGCCUAGAAGUCCCAGUACUCCGAAUCCAAGCCGUCCCCACACGCCAGGCACGCCAUCAGGCGUAGGCGUCGGUGUGGGGGUCGGCGUGGGUGGCGUGGGCGUGAACCUGGGCGGCGUGAGCGUGAUGGGCCCGGGCGUGAGCUACGUGCCGACGCCGGUGCCGCCGCCGGCCAUGCAGUGCUACCCGCAGGUGGCGGCCGUGCCCUACGCCAUGAUGGCCGCCGCCGCCGCCGCCGCGCAGCAACCCCCCGCAUACCUGCCGCACCCGCACCCCGCCAUGGAGAUGGGGUGCGAUUGCCGGCAGUACGCGCCGCCCAUAUUCAUGGUGCCCGACAAACGGGACCGCCCUGACGCGUUGGCAUAUGGCGCGAUGAGUGGCGGUGGCGGAGUCGCCGGUGUCACUGGCGGAGGCGGACAGCCUCCCAUGCAGACGCAACAACCCAGGAAUUUCCGUAAAGGUUCCGGCAUGCAAGUGGCGGCGGCGACGGGCCAGCCGCUGAUGGCGCCGGCCCCCAUGCAGCAGUUCGUGCCCUACCCGCACCCGCACCCCGCGCCGCACCCCGCGCAGUCCGCGCUGCAAUACCCGCACAUGGUGCGGAUGUACCACAGCGGCGUGGGAGGCUCAGUAGGCGCCGUGUCGGGCGUGGGCGGCGUGGGCGCCGGGGGCGCGCUGGGCGGUGGAGAAGUGGGCGGAGUGGGCGGCGGCCAGGUGGGCUACGCGCCCCCGCCCGCGCCGUCGCCCGCGGCCGCGUCGCCCGCGCUGUACCCGCCGCCGUCGCCCGCGCACACGCCGCACCCGCACCCCCACCAGCACCCACACCCGCACCACCAUUUUCAACAACCGCCGUUUCAGGUAAACGCGUAUCACCAGGUGCUAUGUCCCUUGAUGGGCCCGGGGGGGUCAGGCGGCCACCACCACCACCACCAUCACCUCGCGUACUUGAACCAUGCGCCCCCCACCGCCUCGCCGCCACAGCCACACCCACACUCAAUCCAGGGCGUGCUCCUGCCGCCGAGCCACGGGUCGGGCGGCGGGUCGACGACGCCGGGCGUGGGGUCGGGCGGCAGCCACGGGUAACGGGCGGCGACGGGCGUGGUGCUGGCGGCGCGGCUCACGCGCCUCACGCGGCUCACGCGCCUCACGCGGCUCACGCUGCGCCUGCAGCCCCGCCCCGACCGCCCCGCCUGAUCCGCCUGACUCCGCCAGACUCCGCCUGACUCCGCCUCGCUCGCCCCGACAGCGUCGUUUCCUUGCCUCUACUUCAUAUUAUCGCGAGUGUAAUACCGACUAUCGGAUUUACGUGUAAAUAUUCGACCUAAGCUAUUCGUCGUCAUCGUUAAAUUUAAUUCGUAUCCGAUGUGUAACAUCACAGUGUUGCGAUAUACGGAAGGUGUUCCCUCACCACCUGGUGACAGUGUACACUAGACACAGCCUGGAGGUCUCGUCGUGAAAGUAUUGCUGGACGGUAGUUUCCUCAUUUUGCUGCUGGCAGCAUCACAUAUUUUUUGCGGUUUUGUAGAAAAACAACAUUUCGCAGUAGCGAAAUGCAUUUUAAAUUAUUUAUAAAUAAAAAAUAAAUCUGACCUAAAUCAACUUUUUUACUGCAACAAAUUGGAAUUUUAAAAUUUAUAAAAGUGCACUUGCAAAGCUUUUUUGAUGUAAUAUUUGUAACAUAUGUCCGUAGAGACUUAUUUGUGAAGGGAGCGGAGCGCGUGAAACCUCCGGUAUAAAGGUUUCAUUAAACAAGCGCCCCAUCCUUACUGUAUGUACUGUUACACUUAGUAAACAGAACGUUUUUAAUAUUGUUUAUAUCAAAAUUAGCACGUAGACUAGGAGGCCUUCAUUUUUUAAUCGAGUGUCAUAGUUUGUCACGGAAUGACAGCAGAAUACUUUUAGCGCCAUCAAUAAUAUUUGGCGAUAUUCAAGUAUUGCUUGUACUCGUGGCGAGUGUAUCGUGGUCCUACGAUCAGCUGGCGAGUCCCACUGGUGGUAAGGAAACGCGCGUAAUGUGUAUUUUCUAACUUUAAUACAACGUAAAGUAAUAACUUGUAUGCCUUCUUCGUAUCGAUACGUUUAUCGCAAUAAUUGAUGUUUAAUUAUCUUUCGUAAAUUUUUACUCGGUAUUUUCACGUGGCAACAUAUUUUCGGUCUCUCUUCAUUUGUUGCUAUAACAAGCGACAUUUCUCUAGUUAUACUAAAAUACGGAAUUUUGUAUAAAAUAUCGAUAGUUUACCCUCACACGUAAUGUAAAUGAAAGUUGAACAUUGUGAUAUAAACCAAAGAUAUGUACACAUCUUAAAUAACAUAGUUUCCAACUUGAAACGAAUAACGAUUGCAAAUAACUGUUAAGAGAUUGGUUCAAUUUUUGUAUAAAACAUAACAUUGUCACGUGAAAACCCGAUAUUGUGAGUUAACUUCGAAAUAAUAUGAAUGCUGGCAAUACUUUCAAAGCAGUUGAAGGUGUUGCCAUUCAAAUGAAACUGUUAUAUAUAUUUUAGUUAGUUUUAGCAUGGCGGGGAAAUACAAAUGAUGUUGGAUGGUGUAUGUUUGUUGAUAUGUUGUAAGUGUAGAUAGAUCGUCUUGUACGGACGGAGUGAGGGUCGGCGGCGGCCCUGUGUAUUAUAAUAAACUAGAUAAUUCACUCUCUAUCAUAUUUACCGACGGGAAACAAGAGGGAUCUGACGAAACUAUCCUCUUUAUAUAUCUAUCGCGACACCUCGCCUGGGUGCAAGUCAGUUUUAUAUAAAAAAGUAUAUGAAAUAUAUCGAACUAAAUAUCAUAAUAAAGUUUGAUACAACUUAGCUGUAACGUAUUCAUAGAGUUUUAUAUUUAAUAUAUAAUAAUAUGUGAAGGCAAGAAUAUCGUUUAUCUAGUAACGCGGUCGGGUCCCUCCUGCGGCCGGUCGGUAACGUUAGUUCCCUCGUUGACGACUAUCGCCAUUCUGAGACAGCGGUCAGUUCGUUAUGUAUUUAUUUAGGUUUAGUGUUAUUGUGAAGGUACCCUCCGCGAUUACAUAACUAAUUCCAAAGUGUCAAUUGCACUUUAAAUAUUAUUAAUUUAUAAAUUGGCAAAUAGUUUUAAAUUUCUUAAUGUGAACGGCGGGCGGUGUUGCACGCGCCCGUCGAUUUGGUACUGUAACGACUUUCAUUGGACAGUUGAAAGUGAGAAUAAGUGUCGGGACCAUCCUAGAUGCUCAAUGUUUACUAAGGUAUGAAUUUACUGUCUCACGAGUCAUUAGUUCUAUUUUAUUUUAUACAUUUGCAGCUUUUGAGAAGGCAACGUAAGUACUGUGUAGCUGGGCCGCGAUACGUGGCCGACUCCCUGAGAGUGCUCAUCCCCAGACUAUGGUUAUAAAAGAAUCAAUUGUUCGUUAAAACAUUUUCUAUUAGCAUAUUUAAUAUGAACGUAGUAACUACGCCUCUUCAGAUUGCACGUGUUAGUGAAACUCAGCUCCUUUAUUGUAGUGUCGUGAACAAACUCUCAUUAGUCUGUGGAUUCCAUCCCUGUAGAGGUCACGGGGUGGAUUGCUAAACAAUUCUCUCACAAAUCACAUUGUAGAUACAUUUUAUUUGCCACAUAAUAAGGCCAGUCUGUAAAUUCGCCAAGAGUUGUAAGAAACUCAUUGUUUUCAUUAAUUAGUCCCCUUUGUUCAAGCGUGACGGAUACAUUGUGCGAAUCCAAACGUUCUUGUAUACACAAGCUUCUUUAUACACACCCUUCAGUUGAACCGCCAGCAACUCGGUGCGCGAGGAUGAAUGAGAUGGACUAAACAUAUAAUUUAAACAGAAUCUACAUAUUUUUCUUAUGUAAAAUUUGUAUAAUAGUAUUAUAUAACAUUACAAUAACAAAUAUAUUAUAAUUUUGAACUGAAUAGUUUACUGUAAUGAAGGUAUUUUUGAAAGCCUACCAACCAUCCGAUCGUUGUGAAUAUCAUUAUACUAGUGAUGUUAUGAACCGCCGCAGUAUCCGGGCUUUCAAUCAUAUGUCACUGUCACACGUAGUGUUUCAAGGAAUUGUAAUAGGAUGCGUUACAGACGCAAGUAGGUUUGACAAUAAAAAUAUAAAACUUUGAUAGGUAGGUGUAAGGAUGUUAGGAUUGCAUAUACAUACAUAUAUACGACGAACCUGACACUGUUCACAUAGAUUAACGUCAGAAUUGUCACGUAUGUACUUGUCAUAAUAUGUAUCAUACUCUGUUAUAUCAGUAAGGGUCACAAGAUUUGCACAAUCAGUACGUUUCCUCCCAUAGUUGUAGAGUUAUUUAUCGAUAAGUUUCUGCUUGAAUGGAGGGUCGUUAUACGCUUACUAAGUGUGGCAUCAAGGGGAGCCAAGUCCAUGACCUCCGCGCGGUGCUCCCUGGGUAGCGCCAAAUGUGGACGAUGACAUUCACAUUCUUUUAUAACAAAUUGAUCAACGGAAACCAUGGAGUGCUGCAGGAUUACUUUCAUACACAAAUUCGAGUUCUUCCUAUUCUUAUGUAUAAGCAUUCCUUUUGUAAAAAUUAUAGACAAACCAACUGUAUGUAUCACUCCCAAUGAAUUGCUCUGUUUCUAUGUACACCGCGUUAAAUGAUUUGUAGAUUUAACAUAGACAUAUUUAUAUGAACAGACAAUGAAUAUAACGUGUAUAUAGUGUAAAUAUAUUGAUAUAGAGGGGUUACUAGUGACCUUUCCCACAAACUUUACAUUCGUAUUUAUUUUGUGAUGUAUAAAGGUUUUUCGAACAUGUUAACUUGAAAAAAAAUCACAAAAAAAAUGUUUUCGGGAAGGGCCUACAUGAUCCGUACCACGUUCGUGACUGUAGAAUGUAACAUAUUUCUUGAGAACAUGGUAUGGACUCUCGUCUACUGUUUUAUUUUACUUUUUUUUUCACAAUUUUUUUUUUCUUGUUUUAAUUUAAAUUUUUAUCGCGUGAGUGAAUCCACCGCGUAAGUUUGUUGCUAAAUGAGAGAUUGAUAAUUAAUAAAAAAGAUGUAUGUGCGUGUGUUGAUUGUUGUGCGCCAUAUAAAUAUUAUCGAUAUAUUUUUUGUGUGGAGUGCCACGCCUGGUGGCACAGACAUGUUUAUGUUUAGCUAGGAAUAUACCUUUUCUUAUUUUCUCGUGAAAUUUGUACGUGCUUACGAAAAGACGUUCGAGUUCCUUUGGCCACAUAAUAUUAUAAUGGUUGUGGUGUAAAUUUUUAUAAGAUUCUCAUGUUAAGAGCAACGAUAUUCCAAGCGCCGAUGGUAACGCACAUUUAUCUAAAACUAUUGAUUUCAAUAAAUGGUAAAAGGAAUGGACAAAUCAGAGAUCUGAUUGUAAAUCGCCAUCCUUAAUAUAUGUAUGUAAUUAAAAUAAAACGAUCAAGCCGUAAGGCGGGCGUAAUGUCGUUGAAUCUAGGAUAAAGGAGUAACUCCAUUGUGCCUUUAUCAAUGGUGACAUGUGACUAUCACGACUUGUGUCUACUGAACUGUGACGUAUCAAAGUAAACGGUACUGAUAUUUAUAUACUGAGUGAAUAGAAGUUGUUUAGACAACACCAGGUCACAUUCCUAAGUCAGUUGAAUCAAAUCGGCACAUACAUUACAUUCCACUAAUAUGCCAUAUCUACUUAUGGAGUUACACGUUUAAUUCCCCAACAUAGUGUUCACAGUUCUAAUAAUACUAAUACACAGAUUAGUCUAUUAUUACGAUACAACUUCGCGUCCUUUGCUGUCUGACGUCACGGGUCUGAACAACUCCUAUUUACUAAUGUUGCUUUGGAGCAAGUGGCAAUGAUACUGACGUACUUGUGUUAAUUUCGCGUAAAAUUGACUUUGGUUGGAUAUUCCCUGCUCGGAGGCUGCUAGCCGAGGCCGCUCGGCACCAACGAUUGCCACUUGACAACUAGCACGGCUGACUCUUUAAAUUAUCACUUCAACAGUGAUAAUUUAAAAGUCAGCCCAUUACGAGAGCAGCUCAUACAUUUUUACCUCGUAUAAGGCACUUUCCUUUGUGUAAAUAUUUGUUACCGACUCAAUGUCGGCGCUGCUGAUUCGUAAAACCAUUGUAUGUAUAGAUAAAUUCUAUGAAAUUGCCUUAUAAAUGUGUGUGUUGGCCCCCAAUGGGGGGAUAUUGUGAGGAUGUUACCAACGUGUAUGGACCUACUACUUGGAAGUUACGAAAUGCUAAUUUAAUUAUCUAUUACAGAUAUUUCCGAACGCCGCGUUCAUAUUGUGGGUAGCAUUUUGGUAACAUUUCAGUAUAGGAGGUGUAAAUUAUGUAAAGACUGAAGGGAAAUAAUGUGUGCGGAAGGGAGCAGACAUAUUGUAAAGUAAAUUGGUUUUUAUGGGAGUGUUAACAAAGCCUAAAACUCCUCGUAUUGUAUAUUGUAAUUUGUUUGAUGCGGAUCGGUAGAAUUUGACGCUUACACAUGAUUAUUUGGAAGCUUUCGAGCUACGUAAAGAAAUGAACUUGAUUACCAGCUAGAGUUGUACUGAUUCAUGUCAAAUUCGAUAUUGUAUAUUGCUGCUUAAUUCCGCUUGUUGAUGAAAGAUUUGAUUUGUGAAAAAGUGCUUUUUAUUUGUGAGCCCCGCGAAGGGCGUGUGAGCAGGAAUGUGCCAAAGUGGUAUGGCAUCGUUUAUUGUUUGUUGGACACGCUAACACCUGUGUCAACGAAUAUUUUUCAAUAAAAAAGUUAAAAAAAUGUGUUUCAAACACAACA